CGCGCCACCGGGCUGGCGGGGCGGGCGGCGCAUCCGGGGCCCGCGGUUGCCAUGGCAGCGGGGUCGCGGCCCGGCGCGCCGGCGUGUGGAGGGGCUGCAGGCGGCCCGUGAGGCCCAGAACCCGAGCACGCGUCCCGGACGCCGCGGGCCGGCCGGACAGCACCGCGGCCAUGUCGCUGGACGCCGGGGAGGCGGCGUCGGAGACGGGAGAUGACAGUCUGUCUGCGGUCACCUUCGAGUCUGACUUGGAGACGAAAGUAAAGAGAAAAAGUUUCCGCAAACCCUCAGCUGCAUCGCCAAAGUCGCCUUAUCAGACGAGAACUAGGAAAGUGGCGUCCUGGAGGCCCCUGAGGGCAGCAGCCAGCAUGCCUGUCGGGGCCCGAGCGUCCCUGACCCCCCAGAAGCUAUGGCUGAGCAGCUCAAAGCAAGCCAGCCUGGCCCAGCCCUUGAGGUCAGACCUUGCCUCAGAGCACCCGUGGACCAGCCCCCCCAGGGACACUCCCGACCACCUGGUAGAAGCCCUCAGGAUGAAGAGGGCCACCCUCCGGCGGUCUGCCAGCAAUGGCCACACGCCGGGAACCCCUGUGUACAGGGAGAAGGAGGACAUGUAUGACGAGAUCAUCGAGCUGAAGAAGUCGCUCCACGUGCAGAAAAGUGACGUGGAUCUGAUGCGGACAAAGCUCCGGCGCCUGGAAGAGGAGAACAGCAGGAAGGACCGGCAGAUAGAGCAGCUCCUGGACCCCUCCCGAGGCCCUGAGUUCGUCCGGACCCUCGCAGAGAAGAGGCCCGACGCAGGCUGGGUCAUCAACGGGCUGAAGCAGCGGAUCCUCAAGCUGGAGCAGCAGUGCAAGGACAAGGACAGUACCAUCAGCAAACUGCAGUGUGACAUGAAGGCCACCAACCUGGAGGAGAUGCGGGUCGCCAUGGAGACAUACUACGAGGAGAUUCACCGUCUCCAGACUCUGCUGGCGAGCUCCGACACGACGGGACGGAAGCUGCCCGGCGAGAAGAAGGCGGGUCUCAGGAGGCAGAAGAAGGCAGGGACGGCGCUGCUGAGCCUGUCGCGGAGCGUGCGGGAGCUGACUGAGGAGAACCAGAGCCUGAAGGAGGACCUGGACCGCCUUCUCAGCAGCUCCCCCACCGUCUGCAGGGCAAAGGGCUACGUGGAGUGGAGCAAGCCCCGGCUACUGAGACGCAUCGCCGAGCUGGAGAAGAAGUUAAGUCCAGUGGAAGCGUCCAAGUCCCACGCGCCUGACCCGCCGGCCCCCUCGGCCUCCAGCCCCGCCGCACAUGGGCAGUCCGAGGAGACGGAGCGUCUGCGCAGCGCCGUGAAGAGCCUGCGGAGCGAGCGCAGCGCCCUGCAGAGCCAGCUGCUGGAAAAGGACGGGGAGGUGCGGCAGCUGCUGCAGACCAAGGCGGACCUGCAGAGGGAGCUGGACGCCCUGAGGGGCGGCGAGCCGGGGAGCACACAGCAGGAGCAGGCUCUGAGGCGGGAAGUGCAGACGCUUCUCAGGAAGGUCCAGGCGCUGCAGGAAAGGGUCACAGCAGAGCACGAGGAGCCUGUGGAGGGGCCCCCUGAGGCCCCAGAAGAGCCCUGCGCGCCCUCUCUGCCCCGCGCAGCCGACUCCGGGCCCAGCACCUUGUCUCGGCCUCCCUCGUGCUGCUCUGAUGGCCGGCAGGACGCAGCCGCCGGGACCCUUCAGGCCCACUGGAAGGCCCACAGACACGAGGAGGGACAGACCCUCGCAGACCAGGCGGCAGUGGUGCUGCAGGCGGCCUUCCGGGGGCACCUCGCACGCGUGAACCUGCUUGCCGGCACCACCAUGCCCCAGCGCACCAAUUCACCGCGUCUCCCUGCCAAGAGCCCCCAGGAUCAGGGCCAGGAGGAGGCCGUGACCAUCAUCCAGUCCGUCCUGCGGGCACACCUGGCUCGGGCCGGGCCCUCACCCUCUCCGUGCAGCACUGCCAGCCUGGGGGCUGUCCCCAGCGUGUCCCAGAGGAGACCUGCCAUAGCCGCAUCCCCGGAGCUCCCCCUGGCCAGCCUCGAGGCUGCUGGUGAGGAUGGCGAAGUGAGCAGUGGCCAGACGGCGAGAGGCUCAGCCUGCCCUGAUGGAGUGGGCGUGCCGCCUGCAGAGCUGCGUGCCUGACGGCCUCGCGGGUGCUGCUUCACAUACGGGCGCCCAGGCGGCAAUGCAGGGCCGUCGUGAAGAUGCCGGCCACCGUGCCCAUGGUUCCUGUGGCCUCCCUGCAGCUGAGGAGGGACCCUGGGCAGUGGGUGGGGGAUGCUGAGCGCUGCAGGUUACUGUGCAGGACAGGCUGGAGGGAGGGGCGAGGCAGAGACCCCCACAGAGGACUUGGUGAGGCAGCCAGACUGAAGCGAUCUGGGUGGUGGACGGAGGGUGGCGCUGCUGUCAUCAGCCUCGCUGGGUCCCCUGUGCAUGAAGAAGAGGGCCUCCCCUCUGCCCUGGCCUUGCAGAGAUGCCUCUUGCCUAGCCCUGCCCUCCUCACCUCAGAGUUUGAGCGGGACCCAGUCAGAGACGGUGACCCCCUGACCCGGGCCUCAUGGGUGCAGGUGGCCGGGAGGCUGGGGCACAGGGUCACUCUGAGGGAGGCGACCUGCCCGCCCUCGCUGCAGCAGCUCUGCCCUUGCCGCCCCCCUGGGCUGCGUGAAUAAAGUUCCCUCAUCCCCACGGCCGCCUGCCUGUGAUCCUGCCACACGGCUCCCGGCCAGUCCCCACCUGGCAUGUGCCUGGGGCAGCUCUGUACCUCCCCCUCCUCCAGUCUCUGCCUGCUGUGAGUGGGGCCUGUACCUCAAGAAACUCGGAGA